AUGGAAGACGUGGACGAAGGAAUUCUAAGUGAUGUUAUUUAUGAAGCUCUUAAGACAGCCUUUGGUCAUAAAGAGUUUAAAACAAAGCUACAAAAGGAUGCCGUUUUUGCAAUCGUUCGUGGUGGUAAAGAUGUGUUUGUUAGUAUGCCUACUGGAGCUGGUAAAUCGUUAUGUUAUCAACUACCAGCUAUUAUGGCAGAGGGAAUUACAAUGGUUGUUUCCCCUUUAAUAGCUUUGAUGCAAGAUCAAAUGGAUCAUCUGGCAGCAAGAGCUAUUCCAGCAGAAACAAUCAACUCCAAAAUGACAGAAACUGAUAGAAAACGUGUUUUGGCAGAUUUAUAUUCUGAGACACCAUUGACUAAAUUAUUGUACAUCACUCCCGAGCAAGCAGCUACUGAAACAUUUAAAAAUUUAGCUCAGAGUUUAGUGGAGAGAGAAAAAUUGAACUAUUUUGUGAUUGAUGAAGCUCAUUGUGUUUCUCAAUGGGGUCAUGACUUUCGACCAGACUAUUUGAAACUUGGUUUUAUGCGCGUAAAACUUAUACCUAAAGUGCCUUGUAUUGCAUUGACUGCUACAGCUAAUAAGCAAGUCAUUGAAGACAUAUUUCUUCAGUUAAAGUUAAAGAAACCAUUAAAGUUUAAGAGCAGUUGUUUUAGAACUAAUAUUUAUUAUGAAGUAACAAUGAAGCAGUUAAUCAGAGAUCCCUAUACAGAUUUGUUUGAUUAUAUAAAACAGUGCUUGGGUGGAACUUUGCCUGAAAAUCCCAAGAAAGUCAGUGACUGGUAUGGAUGUGGUAUAGUGUAUAACAGAACUAAAGACGGUUGUGAAGAGGUAGCACAUAGACUGUGUCAAAAGAAUAUACCAGCUAAAGCUUAUCAUGCUGGUUUAAAGACUGGUGACAGACUAAAAGUUCAAACAGACUGGAUGGAAGGAAAAGUACCUGUUAUUGUAGCUACUGUUAGUUUUGGUAUGGGUGUUGAUAAAGCCAAUGUCAGGUUUGUAGCUCAUUGGACGAUGCCCCAAUCUAUGGCAGGGUAUUACCAGGAAUCAGGUAGAGCUGGUAGAGAUGGUAAACAAUCCUAUUGUAGAUUAUAUUAUUCUAGAGAAGAGAGAGAUAAAGUGGCAUUUCUUAUUAAUGCAGACUUAAAACGACCCAAGAAAGAUUUGGCUGCUGCUAAAAUGAGAUCUAAAGCUACAAUGGAUGGUUUUAACAAUUUUGUGGAAUAUUGUGAAAAACCCAAGUGCCGACAUUGGACAAUUACAGAUUAUUUUGGUGAUGAGAAACCAGAUUGUCAGAAGAACUGUGAUGUUUGUAAAUAUCCUAAAAGAGUGGUUGAAGAUUUAAAGAAUUUGGUAUCAGGAUCAUUUGGAAAGACUAGAAUCAGUAAAGAUACUGGUGAAGUAGAUGUAGAUUUAUAUGGUGGGGGCAGAAGAGGCCUAAAAAAGUAUGUGUAA